ACACACAAACAACACCAGAACAGAAGCGAAAAGAGCGAGAACAGAGGCGAAAAGAGCUGUUUCCCGUGCUCCUCGGUGCUCAGAUGUUCUGUAUUGCUAUUCUUAUUUCACUUUUAAUAAGGCACCAUCUCGUGCCGAACAUAGAAGUAGCUUCUAUGGAUUUCACUGUACAAAAUAUUACACAAACUCGUCUCAGUGCGAAUUGGGAUUUACUGGUAAGGAUUCCCAGAAGCCUUCCUGAUAAAUUCAUAUGCCUUCAAGGAGACGUUCAAGCUUCCUUGUUUUACAAGGGUGUUACUCUUGUUACUUCCUCCAAACAGAGGUACAACAAUCUCAAACAUCGGUCGCCUCAGCAACUUAGCGUUUCAGCUUCCAUCUCUGAAGAAGAUAUUGGCGGUUUGAUCGGAAAAAACAUUAUCAACGAUAUCAAAGAGAAGAGAGAAGUCAAGUUUGGAUCGCAUGUUUUUCUUACGGAUUGUAGGGCAAAGACGUCAGGAGUUUUGAGGUACGCGUGUGAUGAAACCACGUUACGCUUCGAGCCAGGUUCUGAGCUUAGGGCCACUGCGUCUGGGAGCAACCCUACCUGCCCACAAAAACGAAGACAAGAAGAAACGACGAUGAGCUUCAGUGCUUCUCUCAUCUCUUCUUCUUUGGCGCCUUCGUCUCUCGUCUCGCUACACAAUCUUCCUCCUUCCUUCUUCCUCGGAAACAAAGUCGUCAAGUCAACAAUCGUCACUCGCUCACGGCGUCGAUUGACAGCAUCAUGUAGUCCGGUUGCAAAAGCAGCUGCGUCGUCGGGGACAACCAACGACCUUGUCCCCGAAACGGCUCCGACAUCUGCGUCUGAGGUCGUCACCAGCUUCUACGCCGGCAUCAACGGCCAUGAUUUAUCCUCCGUCACAGACCUCAUCGCUCAGGACUGCGUCUACGAGGAUCUCGUCUUCCCAUCCCCUUUCGUUGGCCGAAAGGCAAUUCUAGAUUUCUUCGGAAAGUUCAUCGAAUCAACAAGUAAGGAUCUGCAGUUCGUGGUAGAUGACAUUUCAACAGAGGACUCUUCAGCUGUUGGAGUUUCAUGGCAUUUAGAGUGGAAGGGAAAGAAUUUCCCAUUUAGCAAAGGCUGCAGCUUUUACCGGCUACAAGUAAUCGAUGGCAAGAGACAGAUUGUAUAUGGAAGGGACUGCGUCGAGCCUGCAAUUAAACCUGGAGAAACAGUUUUGGCUGCUAUAAAAGGUGUUACCUGGCUGCUGCAGAAAUUUCCUCAAUUGGCUGACCAAUUC